CACAAUCUGUUUUCCAGGAGAUGAUUUCUCAUUAAUACAGCAAGAAAUCUAUAUGGUUAAAGAAUGCAAACACUGUAACAUAGUAGCAUACUUUGGAAGCUAUCUCAGCCAUGAGAAGCUAUGGAUUUGCAUGGAGUACUGUGGAGGAGGGUCCCUUCAAGACAUUUACCAUGUAACGGGGCCACUGUCAGAGUUACAGAUUGCCUAUGUUUGCAGAGAGACAUUGCAGGGACUUGCUUAUUUGCACAUGAAAGGCAAAAUGCAUCGGGACAUUAAGGGUGCAAAUAUUCUGUUGACUGACCACGGAGACAUCAAGCUAGCUGACUUUGGCGUAGCAGCAAAAAUAACAGCCACGAUCGCAAAGAGGAAGUCAUUUAUUGGCACCCCUUACUGGAUGGCUCCAGAAGUGGCAGCUGUAGAAAAGAACGGUGGCUACAACCAACUCUGUGACAUCUGGGCUGUGGGCAUAACAGCAAUUGAGCUUGGAGAGUUGCAACCACCUAUGUUUGACCUUCAUCCCAUGAGAGCUCUCUUUCUAAUGUCUAAAAGCAACUUUCAACCUCCAAAGCUAAAAGAAAAAACAAAAUGGUCAUCAACAUUCCAUAAUUUUGUCAAAGUAGCACUUACAAAAAAUCCAAAGAAGAGGCCAACUGCUGACAGACUUCUGACACAUAGCUUUGUUGGGCAGCCUGGACUUUCUCGUUCUCUGGCUGUUGAGCUCUUGGACAAAGUGAACAAUCCUGAUAACCACCCCCAUUAUACUGAGGCAGAUGAUGAUGAUUUUGAGCCACACCCUAUUAUUCGCCACACGAUUCGCUCUACCAACAGAAAUGUUAGAGCCGAAAGGACAGCAUCUGAAAUUAAUUUUGACAAGUUGCAGUUUGAACCACCUUUAAGGAAAGAGACAGAAGCCCGGGAUGAAAUGAGAAUACCAGCCGGAGCACCCUUUGCUUCACAUUGGAGCCCUUUCACUGAUGGUGGAGGUUUUGCCAAGGGACAUCUUGCCAAAUUUGGUGAUGGCCACGAAGAUGCUGAGGAAUCAACAUUGAAAAGAGCUGGACCCCCUCCUCUGCCUCCAAAGCCUCGAUUAGAAGAAAUUUUCAUGGACAAUGAGAAGUCCCAGACGAUCAAGUAUUGUCCCGAUUUCCAAAAUCAAGCCUCACCAGGACACCGGAGACAAAGCAUCCCUGUUUGUGGACCUCAGAUAGAACCCUCUGUAUUUGGCAUGAGCAGCAGUGUCAGCAGCCCUGGUCUCCUCACAGCCAGAUACAGUGAUUUGGGCAAUGGAGACACUGUGACGAAGCAUCCUGAGGAAAACAAUGAGGGAUUGGGCCAUAUGCCACAGCUGCCACGGAAAAAGGAGAAGCGGGAAUUCCUGAAGCCAGCAAUCAAUGGCCUUCCACCAACGCCAAAAGUACUGAUGGGAGCCUGUUUUUCAAAAGUGUUUGAUGGCUGCCCUUUGAAGAUCAAUUGUGCCACAUCAUGGAUACAUCCUGACACCAAAGAUCAGUACAUUAUCUUUGGGACUGAAGAGGGCAUUUACACACUGAAUCUCAAUGAGCUGCAUGAAGCUACCAUGGAGCAGUUGUUCCCACGGCGGUGCACGUGGUUGUAUGUUAUCAACAACACUUUAAUGUCACUCUCAGAAGGGAAAACGUUUCAGCUCUACUCCCAUAACUUAAUGGCUUUAUUUGAACAAGCCAAAAAAACAGGAAUAGCUGCUCAUAUUCAGACCCAUCGGUUUCCUGAUAAAAUACUACCCAGAAAAUUUGCCUUAACAACAAAGAUCCCAGAUACAAAAGGAUGCCACAAAUGUUGCAUAGUAAGAAAUCCAUAUACAGGUCAUAAAUAUCUCUGUGGAGCUUUGCAGUUGGGAAUUGUUUUGCUUCAGUGGUAUGAACCAAUGCAGAAAUUCAUGUUAAUAAAGCACUUUGAUUUCCCUCUGCCAACCCCACUGAAAGUAUUUGAAAUGCUGGUAAUCCCUGAACAGGAAUACCCUAUGGUAUGUGUUGCAAUCAGCAAAGUGGCUGAACCAAAUCAGGUUGUACAGUUUGAGACAAUCAACUUGAACUCAGCUUCCUCGUGGUUUACAGAAAUUGGUACAGGUUGUCAACAACUUGAUGCCAUCCACGUCACUCAGCUGGAAAGAGAUACAGUUCUUGUGUGCUUGGACAGAUUUGUGAAGAUUGUGAAUUUGCAUGGUAAACUGAAGUCAAGCAAGAAGUUGGCCUCGGAACUAAGUUUUGAUUUCUGCAUUGAAUCUGUAGUGUGCCUCCAGGACAGUGUGUUGGCCUUCUGGAAACAUGGGAUGCAAGGCAAAAGUUUUAAGUCUGAUGAAGUUACCCAGGAGAUCUCUGAUGAAACAAGGGUGUUCCGUUUACUGGGCUCUGACAGGUGA